AUGGCCAAAGAGAUUUGCGAAGAUAAUUGCUAUGUGGCAUUAACUCACGAGUAUCUCGAUGCUAAAGUUAUGAUGGACAAAGUCCGAAGCCCAAAGGCCGGAGCCAUCGUUCUUUUCGCAGGUACCACCAGAGACAACUUUGGAGGGAAGCCAGUAAAAGAACUUCAAUACACAUCAUACGAGCCACGGGCUUUACAAACUAUGCUCAGUAUCUGUAAAGCAAUUGUUCAAAAACACUCAUUGACAUCCAUUGCCAUGAUUCAUCGAUUGGGAGUUGUGCCUAUCGGAGAGGAAAGCAUUUUGAUUACAGUGUCUUCACCUCAUCGCCAAGCAGCUUGGAGAGCAGGUGAAGAAGCCCUGGAGGAGUGUAAAGAAAGGGUGGAGGUAUGGAAGAAAGAAGAAUUUGGUGGUGAGGAGGGUGGUAUUUGGAGAGCAAAUCGUGAUGGUGCUGUUGGCGAGCGGAUGGAUGAAGAGAAAGAAAAGAAGAAGCCGGAAAUGGGACCUCAUGGUCCGAUAUUGCGGCCUAACCGACCUGGGGAGCGUGGACAUGGACCAGUGUCACAAGCUCACUAUAUUGAUAUGAUCUUCGCGAAGCUGCUGAGCAUCGACCCAUUCAUCUUUAAACAGUCUCCUUACAACAUGUCCGCCUCAAGAAGACUGCGACCUAACGUUGUUGAAUGUUUAAUGCUUCUCGUCGUAACAGUUUCGGUCGAAGGAGACGUUAAGAAUGCUGGAAUGACGCGGGCCGACGCGACAGAUGCAAACAUUACAGCGAUAAUAAUGGUGAUGCGCAUUUUGGCAGUUGUGUUCGAUGUGGAUUAUCUGUUUCAGGAAGUUGAUUUAUGA